AUGUCCAAACGUCCACGAGAAGCUUAUGAAUUUUCAUCCGAAGAUAUCAACACAAAAGCAUUGGAAGAAUUUGAAGAUUCAACAACCACCGUUCCAGAAGUCCGUCGAGUUUCAUCUUCAGCGGUGCUCAGAAGCUCUAAGUUCGUUCAGCUUGAUUCUGAAAGUAAAGUAAACACGUUUACUGCUAUGAGCUGCUCGCUACCACCACAUUCUCAAACCUUUACCUUCAGCUCAUAUUCAGAAUAUGAGGUUCAUUAUGCAAAAGUACAUACCAAUCGUUGCUUAGAAUGCCGUCGAAAUUUUCCCACGGAACAUUUCUUGUCACUUCAUAUCGAAGAAAAUCAUGACCCAUUGUUCAGUAUAAAAAAGGAGAGAGGUGAUAAGAUGUAUAAGUGCUUUGUCGAAGAUUGUAUUCGAACUUGCUCAACUCCUCAAAAAAGAAGAAUGCACCUGAUUGACAAACAUAUGUUUCCCAAGGAUUACGAAUUUAACAUCGUCAACAAUGGAAUUGGUAAUAGAACAUCCUUACUACAGAAUCGAAGGGGCCGAUCUGAGAGUUUAACCAAUCCUAAAAAUCCAUCGGGUAUUGAAAAAAAUAACGGAAAAAGACAUGUUGUGAAAGGCAGCUUGUCGAAAGAAGGAGCGACAAACAGAACUAUUAACUCAGAAAACGUAAAAAUAGACCACAGCCUAACCUCUAAUACUACAGAAGAUUUAGACAUGGAACAUAUAUCAAAAGCUAUGUCAGCCUUAAAGUUUGUACCGUCAACUAUAAAGUUCGGUGGGCGUGCAAGGGCUGGCUUUAGCCGUGGCUGA